AUGGGACCCAAGGGCAGGGCAGCCUGCUCCUUGCUCUUCCUUCUGCAAGCCCUGGCUGAGCCGGUGGAGAACUCGGAGUUCUUCCUGCCUGGUGAUUACCUCCUGGGUGGCCUCUUCACCCUCCAUGCCAACGUGAAGGGCAUAGUCCACCUCAACUACCUGAAGGUGCCCAAGUGCAAGGAGUACGAGAUGAAGGUGCUGGGCUACAACCUCAUGCAGGCUAUGCGCUUCGCGGUGGAGGAGAUCAACAAUGACAGCAGCCUGCUGCCCGACGUGCUGCUGGGCUACGAGAUGGUGGACUCCUGCUACAUGUCCAACAACGUCCAGCCGGCGCUCUACUUCUUGUCACAGGAUGACUACUUCCUGCCCAUCCAGGAGGACUACAGCCACUAUGUGCCCCGGGUGGUGGCCAUCAUAGGUCCUGACAACUCUGAGUCCGUCAAGACCGUGGCCAACUUCCUCUCCCUCUUCCUCCUUCCACAGAUCACCUACAGCGCCAUCGACGACGAGCUGGGCAACAAGGGCAGGUUCCCCGCGGUGCUGCGCACCGUGCCGGGCGCGGAUCACCAGAUGGAGGCCAUGGUGCAGGUGCUGCAGCACUUCCGCUGGAACUGGAUCGUCGUGCUGGCCAGUGGCGACGACUACGGCCGCGAGAACAGCCACCUGCUCAGCCAGCGCCUGGCGCACCGUGACAUCUGCAUCGCCUUCCAGGAGACGCUGCCCACGCCGCAGCCCAACCAGACGAUGACGCCGCAGGACCAGGAGCGUCUGGAGGCCAUCGUGGGCAAGCUGCAGCAGAGCACUGCGCGUGUCGUGGUGGUGUUUUCCCCGGAGCUGGCCCUGCACAACUUCUUCCACGAAGUGCUGCGCCAGAACUUCACGGGUGCCGUGUGGAUCGCCUCCGAGUCCUGGGCCAUCGACCCGGUCCUGCACAACCUCACUGAGCUGCAGCACGCUGGCACCUUCCUGGGCAUCACCACCCAGAGCGUGCCCAUCCCGGGCUUCAGCGAGUUCCGUGUGCGCCGCUCCCAGCUUGGCCGGCCCGCGCUCAACAGGAGCAGCGGAGGGGCCAACUGCAACCAGGAGUGUGACACCUGUCUGAACACCACCGAGUCCUUCAACAGCAUCCUCACGCUCUCCGGCGAGCGCGUGGUCUACAGCGUGUACUCCGCAGUCUACGCCGUGGCGCACGCGCUGCACAGUCUCCUGGGCUGCAACCAGGGCGGCUGCCGCAAGGAUGUGGUGUACCCUUGGCAGCUGCUUCCGGAGAUCUGGAAGGUCAACUUCACCCUCCUGGGCCACCAAAUCUUCUUCAACGAGCAAGGGGACCUGUCUCUGCACCUGGAGAUCAUCCAGUGGCAAUGGGACCUGAGCCAGAACCCUUUCCGGAGCGUCGCCUCCUACCAGCCAUCCAAGCGGCGGCUGAAGCACAUCCAUGACAUCUCCUGGAACACCCCCAACAACACGGUCCCUGUGUCCAUGUGCUCCAAGAACUGCCAGCCUGGGCAGAAGAAGAAGCCGGUGGGCCUCCACCCCUGCUGCUUUGAGUGCAUUGACUGCCUCCCGGGCACCUUCCUCAACCAGACCUCAGAUGAAUUUGACUGCCAGCCCUGCCCAAGCUCCGAGUGGUCCCACAGGAAGGACACCUCCUGCUUCAAGCGGCAGCUGGCUUUCCUUGAGUGGGACGAGGCCCCCACCAUCGCCGUGGUCAUGCUGGCCGCCCUGGGCUUCCUCAGCACCCUGGCCAUCGUGAUCAUCUUCUGGAGGCACGUUCAGACGCCCGUGGUCCGCUCGGCGGGAGGGCCCAUGUGCUUCCUGAUGCUGGCGCCGCUGCUGAUGGCGUACAUGGCGGUCCCCGUGUACGUGGGGCCACCCACGGUGUCCUCCUGCCUCUUCCGCCAGGCCUUCUUCACACUCUGCUUCACCGUCUGCAUCUCCUGCAUCACCGUGCGCUCCUUCCAGAUUGUCUGUGUCUUCAAGAUGGCCCGACGCCUCCCACGUGUCUACAGCUGCUGGGGCCGCUACCACGGGCCCUACGUCUUCGUGGCGUCUGUCAUGAUGCUGAAGAUGGUCAUCGUGGCCGGCAACAUGCUGGCCACGACCACCAUGCCCACCACCCGCGUGGACCCCGAUGACCCCAGGAUCUUGAUCUUGUCCUGCAACCCCAACUACCACCGGGGGCUGCUGAUCAACACCAGCCUGGACCUGCUCCUGUCCGUGCUGGGCUUCGGCUUCGCCUACACGGGCAAGGAGCUGCCCACCAACUACAACGAGGCCAAGUUCAUCACCUUCUGCAUGAUCUUCUACUUCUCCUCCUCCGUCUUCCUCUGCACCUUCAUGGCUGUCUACAGCGGGGUGCUGGUCACCAUCCUGGACCUCUUGGUCACUGUGCUCAACCUCCUGGGCAUCAGCCUGGGCUACUUCGGCCCCAAGUGUUACAUGAUUCUCUUCCACCCGGAGCGCAACACGCCGGCCUACUUCAACAGCGUGAUUCAGGGCUACACCAUGCGGAAGGACUAGUGCUCCAUCGUCUGCCCUCUGGGACGUGGGCCUCAGCGUCGGGAGGCGGAGGCCAGGGGGCUUGCUCGUUCAACUCCAGAGGGACCCCAGGUGGUUGCCGGAAGCUGCCCUCGCCUGUUACCACCUGGCCCCGGUCUCUGAUUGGCUGUCCGUCCAAGGUUCUCUGCGUCCCGGCCGUCCUUACCCACCUGGUGAUGGACGCCUUUGUUCCUUUCCCUCGCGCUGUUUAGCUUGCCGGGUGCUGUGCCCCGUCCUAGAAAACCACCCAAGGUGACCUACUGGCUUCCAAGGACGGAGUCCAGCUUGGCAGCCAGCAGCGCCAUCUGGUGGUCACGGUGGGUUCCUGUAGGUUCCAGCUGCUGACUCCCAGUGACGGGAUGCCUGCUGGUGGGCUGGGGUUAGCGAGGGGUGGAUGGGAGCUC